CGUGCCAUGGAGCUGAGCCCGUGCGCGUCGCCCGGGCCUUCCCGCUCCUUCAAGGAGGAGCUGUUGUGCGCCGUUUGCUACGACCCCUUCCACGACGCCGUGACUCUGUGCUGCGGCCACAACUUCUGCCGCGGCUGCGUGAGCCGCUGCUGGGAGGUACAGGCGACGCCCACCUGCCCGGUGUGCAAGGACCGCGCGUCGCCCGCGGACCUGCGCACCAACCACACGCUCAACAACCUGGUGGAGAAGCUGCUGCGCGAGGAGGCCGAGGGCGCGCGCUGGACCAGCCAGCGCUCGCCGCGCCUGUGCCGUCUACACCGUGGCCAGCUGAGCCUCUUCUGCCUGGAGGACAAGGACCUGCUGUGCUGCUCGUGCCAGGCCGAGCCCCGGCACCAGGGCCACCGCGUGCAGCCAGUGAAGGACACCGCCCACGAUUUUCGGGCCAAGUGCAGGAACAUGGAGCACUCGCUGCGGGAGAAAGCCAAGGCCUUCUGGGCCAUGCGGCGCUCCUAUGAGGCCAUCGCCAAGCACAACCAGGUGGAGGCCGCCUGGCUGGAGAGCCGCAUCCGGCAGGAGUUUGACAAGCUGCGGGAGUUCCUGCGGGCGGAGGAGCAGGCUGUCCUGGAGGCCAUGGCUGAGGAGGCGCGGCAGAAGCAGCUGCUGGCAGAGGAGAAAAUGAAACAGCUCACUGAGGAGACUGAGGCGCUGGCCCAUGAGAUCGAGCGGCUGCAGAUGGAGAUGAAGGAGGAUGACGUGUCUUUCCUCAUGAAACACAAGAGCCGAAAACGUCGGCUCUUCUGCACCAUGGAGCCAGAGCCCGUGCAAGCCGGCAUGCUCAUCGAUGUCUGCAAAUACCUGGACUCGUUGCAGUACCGCGUCUGGAAGAAGAUGAUUGCGUCCGUGGAAUCUGUACCCUUCAGCUUCGACCCCAACACCGCAGCCGGCUGGCUCUCCGUGUCUGAUGACCUCACCAGCGUCACCAACCACGGCUAUCGUGUGCAGGUGGAGAACCCGGAGCGCUUCUCCUCGGCGCCCUGCCUGCUAGGCUCCCAAGUCUUCUCAGAGGGCUCUCACGCCUGGGAGGUGGCCCUGGGGGGGCUGCAGAGCUGGCGGGUAGGUGUGGUGCGGGUGCGUCAGGACGCAGGCGCCGAGGGCCACUCACACAGCUGCUACCACGACACGCGUUCAGGCUUCUGGUAUGUGUGCCGCACGCAAGGGGUGGAGGGGGACCACUGCGUGACCUCAGACCCCGCCACGUCGCCCCUGGCCCUGGCCAUCCCGCACCGCCUGCGUGUGGAGCUGGAGUGCGAGGAGGGCGAGCUGUCCUUCUAUGACGCCGAGCGACAGUGCCACCUGUAUACCUUCCACGCCCGCUUCGGGGAGGUGCGGCCCUACUUCUAUCUGGGGGGUGCUCGGGGGGAUGGGCCCCCUGAGCCUUUGUGCAUCUGUCCCCUGCGCAUCAUCGUCAAGGAAGAGCUGGACAGCUGAGCUGGCCCUGCCCUCCGGGCGCUGCCCAGCUCCUGUGCCGCCAUGGCGUUCUCUCCUGCCCUCUCCUGAGCCCACAUGCGCCUGGCGCCUCUCUGG